AUUGGCCAUCAUUGUUCCCUAUUUCUGGGUUCAACACACAGAAGGGCUGUGAAAGCUAACAAUGGUGAAAGCAGGAAGCAAAAGAGGUGCAGCAGCCAAAGAAGAACCCAAUGACGGAGCAGCACCAGCAGUAGCAGUGUAUGAGAAGCAAAGAGCCGAUAGAAUCAAAGAGAACAAAGAGAGACUGCACAAACUUGGCAUUCUGGAGCUCACAAAGAACCUAAAUCCCCCUUCCAAAAAACUCACCACUCCUCGAAUCAGCCGCCCGGCGGUGUUAACUGACGACCCACCUCGCCGCUCUUUUAGGUUGAAGGAUAAGCCUCCAGUUAGUUACAAAGAAAAGAGGAUUCCCAAGACGGAUAAUGUAUCAACAGAGGAUGUGGAGAUUAACAUAGGAGAAGGUGAAAACCCUGAAUUCUACACAGAGGAACAUGAAAAGCUUUUAGGUGAUUGCCAGAAUGCUUGGACUCUCUAUGUUGAUGGUUAUGAUGAAGAUGGUCAGCGUGUAUAUGAUCCUGAUAAUGGCAAGUCAUGCCAUCAGUGCAGGCAGAAAACUCUUGGUCAACGCACUGCAUGCAUCAAUUGCAAGCUCGGUCAAGGACAAUUCUGUGGAGAUUGUCUCUACAUGAGGUAUGGAGAGAACAUCACUGAAACAAAUGAAAACGCAAAUUGGAUUUGCCCUGUCUGCCGAGGAAUAUGCAAUUGCAGUCGAUGCAGGCGUGAAAAGGGGUAUGCAGCAACUGGUGCAAUCUACAGAAAGGUACUGCGUCUUGGUUACAAAUCUGUGGCACACUACCUUGUCAAAACUCGAAUGCGUAGUGACCGCGAAGAUCUAAGCUCUGCAGAUUCACCUUCCAGAAAGAGUAUAGUGCCAUUCACAGAGUUCACUAAUACUCUCUCAACUUCUCAAAUUGAUGAUAACAAAACUUUGAAGGGGGGAGAACGCACACACUGUGACGGUGAUGAUGCAUAUUGUGAUGAAGAAAAUGUCAACGAGUGAAACAAUGAUAAAAGAUAAGAAUGAUUUUUGCUUGACAACGACUGAAAGUGGAAAAGACCCUACAUGUAAGCAUAUAUUACUAAAUCAGCUCUGUUAACAGUAAGCGAUCUUUUUUUGUUUGGAUGUAAACAUUUUGUAAGCAUUUCAAUGGUGGGAAAAGCCUGUAUUUUGCUCGUGGCUAUUUUGUAUCUUUGUUUGACUGAUUAUGAUAACUGAGCACUAACUUAACAGUCUCAUUUUUGCCUCGAA